AUGGCGCCCAACGGCACCACGAAGCCUCGUCGACCUGGAGGGAGCAAGCUUGCUCACUCCUCCAAGCCCUCCGUCGUUCCUGCUAUUCCACUGCCCUAUUUGAAGCGUCAGGAAGCUGCCGCCGCUCGGGCCAGUGCUGCCUCUGCCACGACCCAGGAACCCGAUGCGACUCCGGCCUCCGAAUUGAAGCUCACGAAUGGUAAUGAGGUUAAGAAGGCUGAAUCUGUAGCUUCUGCCGCGGUUGCUAGCUCAGUUUCCAGCCCAGUUUCGACUUCAGCUCCCAAGGCUAAGAAGGAAGUUCCCAAGACCAAGGCGGAUAGUCACUCCAAGGCUAAAAAUGACACUGCCGAGCCACCCAAACCGAACAAUUCAUCUGGUACGAAUGAAAUCUGCCUCGACAAAACUCAAAUUUGGAACUCUAUACUGACGCAAAGUUACCCAGCCACAGUCGCAGCUGUCCCCAAGCAGGCUACCAUCAGCGAGAAGGAAGACACCCACAAAAACUCUGCAGUCUCAGACCACGCCGAUCAGUCCACCACCAAGAACCAAACUGGUGCUGGAGCUCAAACCUCCGACAAGGUCCCUGUUGAAAUGAACGAAAAGCCAAACGGCAUCGUGGGUAAGGGUGAAGGCAAAGCUCAGGCUGGUGAGGUGCCUCAAUUUUAUGAAGAGUAUCUCAAUACUCACAACUCAAAUCUAGACAACCAGCAUCCUCCAAAGAUGAACAAGACUCGACCCCCAUCCGCUGUCCCACCUGGUCGAUACCAGCUGCCUCCCGCUUUCACACCUUCUGGCCGACCCAUGGGGCCAACUGCGAACGGCGAUAUGCGUGGCCCUCGACCCCCGAUGCCUAACGGCCCGCCCCUUCACCAGCCGCAUCCCAGCAAUGGAAGCAUCCAUUUCGGUGCUUUCCAUGGCUCGACAAGCUCAUCUCCAGCUCCUCUGUCUGGAGGCAUCGCCCCUCCUCCUGGUAUGCCAGUACCCAAUGGUCAACCUCCCUACAUGGCCCCUGGUACCAAUGGAUUUCCCAUGAUGAGUUACGGUGCGGAACACGUUCCUGUAACCACUUUCGAUAACUACGGAAGACCCACGAUGGCUUAUGGACCGAUGGAUUCAUUCCCCCCAUUUGGCAACAACUUUGGACCUCCCACUCCGCACAGCUACCAUGAUUCACAGGCAUCCGGUCCUCCAGAUGAUGCCAGCGUUUAUGGCCAAUUCGCUUCAGCCCCAAUGCGAAACGGUGUUUCGGGCCCAGUGGAGGACACCCAGUCGCCAAAUCACCCCGGUCGAAUGUUCGGAGGUCCUGAAUACCGGCCCAUGAUGUCGAACGCCGGUCCUCCUCCACACAUGAUGUCUCCCAUGGAUGACGCCGAAGGACUGGUUGAAUACUUCCGACGCCAAUUUGGAGCUCCUGAGUUUGCCGACUGUGUUCUGGAACUCCAGUAUGCCAACAAGCAAGCUCCAAUUCACAUGCCUGGUCAUCGAAUCAUCUUCGCCCGCAGUUCCGAGCUCGCAAACGCCAUGUCAAAGGGGCUUUCUCGACCCAGCAUGACAUCCCUUCCUGCUAUUGUUCUCGAAACAGACAGCAAAUGGAUCCAGUCAGAAUCGUUCUACUUUGCCAUACAGCGCCUCUAUGGACUACCUCUCUUUGAUCCAUCUCACGGUGACCCCAAGCAGAGUGCUGCCACCGACGCUGGCUCACUCAUGGAGCGAUUCGACUUUGCCCUGGGAUAUGCUGCCUCUGGACAUCUCCUUCACUGGGACCCGGUCACUCGACGUGGAUGUGAGCUUGCCAUUCAGCUCUUAAACUUGCAGACGGUAGAGAAGGCUCUGGAGUUUGCUCUGGAGGGUCAUCGGGAUGAAGGUUCCUAUGAUGUUUUCAAGUAUGGUGAUGGAUCUCGAACCAUUCUCAACGAGAUCAUCUCUUUCAUUGCCAACAACCUUCACCCUAACUUCAAGAUUGACACUUCAGUUACCGACCCCUCGAACUGCGCUCGUCUCCCCCAAGCUGCCCCGACUAGCAACGCCACGACCCGCAAGCUUUCGCCCCCACCAAUUGCUAGAGGAACUUCGGUGCAUCUGGGCAAGGGACGUCGCUCUCAGCAAAUUUCGGGUAUCCAGUUUGGUGACCUUUCUCUGACCGAAGGUAAGAUGUCGCCAUCUUCUGACGCCUCGGGUGCGUCUCAGCAGCGAACACCACUCAAUGCGGUUCUUUCUCGCGUUCUUCUCAACCUCCCCUUCGAGACACUCAAGGCGCUGUUGGAGAAUGCAACCAACAAAGGAAACGCAUGGCCCAACGCUGAUGCAGUCUUCCGCGCUGUCAAGGACACAGUGGCUGAGAGAGAGCGACGUCGAUUCCGCCUUGUUCAGAUGGUCAAGAGCCAACAGAUCCCACAAUGGGAGAUCGUCUCGAACCAGCUUUCCACCCCGGAGCCACGCAACUACAUCGGUCCCUGGGGUGCUCUCGGCUGGCAGGAGGAGAUCCUUCCUUUUGGACCUUCAGAGAGCCCAACUUUUACCCGGACUUGGGCUCCUUUCACGAACUCGCAAACGACAACCCAAGCGGCAUAUCCUUGA